AUGGUUUCUUGGCUUUUACGCGUCUUUCUUUGCCUUUACAUGGGCGGUUAUGUUAAGGCUGACUCUUCCAUUAAUUCUUCAUCCACCUACAAUAUAAGUAGGCCGCAGCUCGGAGAGGGAUUCUAUUUACUUGGUCAAUUCAAUUGUGUCUCGAAUUUUGACUCCACUAUCAAAUACAACUUGUCACAUCCUCAACCUGAUUCGCUCUAUCGGGUUCCACAAAAGGGCGUUAAUGUGACCCUAUUACAGUCCAAUCCAUUCAACGGUUCCACGCCCGACAACUUGUACAGCAUAGAUGAAUAUACUGUGUUAGCCGUUGUUGAUGGUAAACCCGUGCUAUAUGACUCAAGUUCUCUGACCUCUUCACUUUUGAGCGGCUGGAAUAACGUUUCCGGUGAUGUUAGUGCUGUUUUAGUCGACGAUCAAACCAACACGCUUUAUCUUGGUGGAAAUUUACAAUACGACGACUCUUAUGGUGCUGUCGCUUACAGUCUAGAUUCGGAAGAGCUUGUUCAGCUUCCUUUCUCUGGCUUUAAUAAAGGAGGUAAGGUUCAGGCUAUCUCAAAGUACGGUCAAAAUAGUAUUAUCUUUGGAGGACAGUUCAAUUCUUUGGGAAAUGAUACUCUUCAACGCUCCGAAACGAAUAGUACGACUGUAAAUAACUCUUCAAGUUCCCUUAUCCAGCCUGAGCAACAAAUCAAUCUUAACUUUGCUACGAUAUCAACUGCCAAUUCUGCUUCUCAGACAAAUCCUGAUAGCAUAAUAUGUCCCGGAAAUUCUUCAUCCUGGACAAUGAGUGAAGAGCAGGACGGUGGUUCUUGGACUGCUGUGCUUCCUUGGUUUGUUACUUCAUCAAAAAUACGACUUCGAAACGGAAAUACUGAUGGAAAUGGCGUUAGUAUGUUUCGAAUCAUUACAGCUCCAGCAGAUGGUAUCAUGAACCUCACAUAUAUCGAUCCAAGCACGCUUACGCUUAAGACAUGUGAUGCCUGGUGUCCGCUUGCACAGGUUUCCGAUCUAACUGACGCUAUAUCAAAUGCUAGCAAUAUUACUGAUGGUGUCUAUCAGAUAUCUGACGUUUCCGAUAUAGAGGGAACAUUAAGCUUCAGUGAUGAAUACCAAGAAUUCGAGUUUGUCAAUACGGUAUCAAUGGAUUCUAUCACCAUUUUAGUUCUUGAUCAUUACGGUAAUACUGGUGUUCUUGACGGUCUUCAACUAUAUCAGUAUGGAAUGACUAUUAAUGCUAACAAUUCUUUGAAUGCGAUUGGUUGCAGCAGUGAUCAACAACAGAUUGUUCCAAGUUCUCAAUCGAUCGGUGAUCUUGAUUGGCAAAAUGGUGUAUCUGGAAGCUAUCUAACGGCGGCCGUAGCUGCUGACUCGAUUGAGCCUGGUACUCAGGGAAUAAGGUAUGAUUCAAACUUGGAAGCCUCUGGAAAUUACACUUUCUUUCUCUACACUACUGGUUGCUCCUUAGACAAUACCUGUAGUGAACGUGGUAUCGUCAAUGCAACGUUAUAUGCUGGAAAUGGUACUAUUCUUGGCUCACAGCUCGUCUAUCAAUCAAACGAUGAGUUGAAGUAUGAUGAUAUUUUCUCUGGCAAUAUCGACCCCGAUGACGACGGUUCUCCUUAUAUGACUGUAACUCUUGACUCUGGCCUUGGUAGUGAUGAGGUUGUCGUGGUUGCCGAUUAUGUGAUGGUACAAUUCAACCAGAUCGAUUACAAUGCUACCAACACUACGUCAGACUCGAUUCCUCUCAAUGGGUUGUUUGAAUAUUCGCUGACUAACUUCACCGAAGAUGUUGAGCAUCCUGUUGGUAACUCGUCGAUUAAUCAGCUUGGUGCUUCUUUGUUGUCCCAAGAUGCUAUAGUAAAUGGUCUUGAAAUUGUGAACGAUACUCAGCUUUAUAUUGCAGGUGAGUUUAAUUCAUCAUACGGCAGUAACUUUUUUGGCGUUGAUUUGGGUAAGUAUAACGGGACUUCCGAUGAAAUAUCUACAGCUGAAGUGUUUUCUAUUGAUGGCGGUCUCAAUAGUGCCGUUAGUGGUAUGUCAUUAUCGUCACCCGAUGAUUUGCUACUUGUUGGAGGUUUUGAUGGUACUUCUAAUGCUAGUGAUGUGGAUGUUAAUGGCAUUACUUUAUACAAUGGUACGUUUCAUUCUUUGUCGGUUAGUGAUUCCGCUGCCAUCAAUGGUUCCGCUAUUCCAUUUACUUUCAACCAGACUGACUAUUUCAUUGUCCAUUAUGAAAGCUCGUCCGCGAUAUACACCCUCCCUGAUGGUGAACCGCUCUCUGAGUCGAGCAUUCUUGGCUUGAAUGUGUCUCAGGCUUCAUCUGUUCAGAACUCUUCUUCUUUUGCAUUUGGGGAAAUUGUCAUGUUUGACGAGCAAGUGAAUGAUGCUGUGUUUUUGAGUAAUGGCAGUACUCUAUCUGGAAUUCAGCAAAUCUUUAGCCCUUCAAAUGGCUCUUUUAUUGACACCGGUUUAUAUUUGAACUCGAGCUCAGUUGUGCUUGCUGGUCAGUUUGGUGGCAAUAAUGUUGUUUUAGUUACUGGUAAGGAGUCGACGCCAUUGUCAAAGGAUUUGACAUUCAGCAACAAUAGUACGGUGGUUUCAUUGUUUAAUUAUGGAAAUUAUCUUUAUGUUGGUUUCAACGGCGAGGCCACUUAUCAGUCAUCCAGUUUUUGGGGUCUUGCGGCCUAUAAUUUGGAUGGAGACUCUGGUAUCAUCUAUCCAUCAUCAAUUGAGAGUGGAUCUAUCAAUGCUAUGGAUACUGAUCCUGUCUCUACCAGCUUAUUGAUUGGAGGUAACUUCACCUCCGAUGAUUGCAGCACCUUAUGUUUCUACAACGUAAGUAAGAACAGUCUUUCUGCAGCCCUCUCUGAGAGUAACAGUGCCUCGGUAUCCGGUACUAUCAGCGAUUUAAAGUAUUAUGCUGAGUCAUUAGCUUUGAUUGGUGGAAAUCUCAGUAUUGACUCGACGCAGAGUUAUUUUGCAUUAUACAACUUUACAUCCAAGCUCGUUUCUAAUAUUGAGGAUGCCAGCGAUAGUAUACCAGGUCCGGUGGUUACGUUUGAGUUUGCUCGAUCCGAUGACCAUAAACAGCAGCUCAACGAUACCAUUUACGUUCUUGGAUCCGAUUACGUGGGUUAUUUGAAGGACUUGGAGUACACGGAUUUGUUGGAUGGAAUUGAUAAUAGUACUUCCUCUGUUUACACUGAUAUUGCAUUGAUCAACGGAACUACUGAGCAAGAGCAAUUUUUGGUUCUCACCGGUAGCUUCAAUUUGACCGAUUAUGGUUUAGUAACAUCUGCAGUUUAUGACGGUAAGUUGUGGUUCCCUUUGAUCAUCUCUGCAACGGACCUAAACACGGAAAAUAGCAUAGUGAACUCUGUUUUGAGAACCUCCAAGAGCUACUCUAAAGGAUUUAAUACCACUUCUUCAGGAUCUCCUGGAUCAGAAGAAACUGAAAAGGGAAUAAGAUAUCUUACAAAUGGACAAGUUGCUGGUGUUGGUUGUGCAUUAGCUAUCGGUACUACGUUGAUAUUAACUGCGUUGGGUGGUGCCGUCUAUCUCUUCGGCAGAAGGAAUACAGUGGUUGGACCAUUGAAGUCGAGAGUUGGAGAGGAGAAGAUGAUGUCUGCACUUCCGCCGGACCAGAUUAUCGACAGUUUGAACAAGGCGAAGGGAUUCUAA